AUGAACAGCAGUGCAACGCCUCCUCCACCUCCUCCCGGCCUUGGUGACCCUACUGGACUGCGUCCUUCCCAUGCUUCCCAAGUAGCUUCUCCUUCCUCCUUCGAUGCAGUACAACUUGCAUCCUUUUUACCAAGCGACAUUGCGUCGGCGACAGCGCUGCUGCAACAUUACCGUCUAGAGCUGCAGCAGCAGCAGCAGAACUCUUCUGCUACCCUCUCUUCUCUGCCCUUUCCGCCGAGCUCAAGGUCCGGCUUGCAGUCAGGGUGUGGACGGGAUCUGUCUGCUCCUGAGGAGGUAGCUUCGGAGGGUGCAGGGCUAAUUGACGCCGAGCUGGAGGCGCAGAUACUCGCCGAGAUCGCAUCGGCUGCUUGCUUCAACAACAAGAUCGAUCUCUCUCUCCUUUCGUUUAAACAGAGACUGGCAUUCGCCGACUUGCUACGGUACAAGCAGUGCCAGCUGCAGCAGUUGUCGCAGCAUGCCGGCGUGCUGCUGCAGGAUAUCGAGAAACACAGAGACGGAUACCUGGACACCGGUCGGCUUUUUGUGCUCUUUCCAAAUGCAAAAUCAGCACUUUGCCGAAAAGCUAACGGUGUUGGUUCUGGGCGCUCGGCGUCAGGAAGCCAUAUCGCCGUUCCUUCUUCGCAUGUGCCCUGGCUUAGCGCUUUCGACUCCAUUUCCGAUGGCAGUGCCCCUCCACACACUCCGGGGGGUAGUUCUUCGCGCGUUGGCGCGCCUGGGAGUAGGAGCAGCCCUAGCGCUACUACUGCAGCGUGUCUAGCAGCUGCCGCAGCCGCUGCUGCGGCGGAGCAGGAACACGAGGAAGAGGAGAAUGGAAUUCUCCCCCACGUCUCCCAGCCCUUCAUUAGGAGCACCACACGGUCGAGGACGACGCCUGCACUCCGGCGGCCUCCGGAUAUGUGGAUGGAGAAGGCAUGUGGAGAGCACGAGACAUACGGUACUUUGCCAGAGGGAGAUUUGUUUAAGCGCUGCUUCAGCGGGAGUUCCUCGCUGGCGGAUGCUACGGCAACAACCGCUGCGGAAACUCCGGCGGGUAACAUGGAGGACCGUGUUAGGGAAGCAAGCGAAGGCAAUGUCUCCGCUCUUUCCGGAGAUUUCGCGUUGCUGCAUGCACAGUCUAAUAAGGGCACACACACACCACAAAAGUCGGUAACGGGGGCGGAGGAGCAGGAAGAAGGCAGCACAAGGCCCCAUGGGACUAUAGAGUCGCCGCCCUUCUUUCAGCGCAACAUGCGGAGGACCACGACUAUGCCGAAUGACAGGAUGACAGGCAAGGUGCUGAUGCUGAACCAUGCGCAUCGAGAGGCAGUGCAAGCCUCUGGGGUAGGCAGUCAUCCAGAUUUUUCGGCCAAUCCAAAUUCCGACACACCGGGAACGUGGGCUUCAACACCCAGCGGCAGGAAUGGCCGCUGCGUUAGAAUAGACACUAGCGCCCUCGCCGCUGCCCGCCAGGAUUUUAGUAACCUGAACUCAGGUAACAACGCGAUGGCGGCUCUGUUGGGGGAUAUAAAGCUGUUGCAAGAAGCCUCAGCAUCAGUACAGGCUGCAACGCGCAGCCCUCAACCUGGCGACCCCAACGCCUUCUUCCAAAGAAGUAACAGGCGCACCACGACGCUGCCGGGAACUAUGGCAAAUGUUAAGAUUCGUGCAACCGACGUACAGCGAGUACUGCACACCAAAGGCCGCUGCAAGCCGUGUGCUUUCUAUUACAAUAAACGAAAGGGAUGCAGAAACGGUGCAGAGUGCGAAUUCUGCCAUCACGAAGAACACUCCAAGCUGACGCUGAAGCAAUGGAAAAAACACCAACAGCGCGCCCACAGAAGUAGGCUACUGGAGGAGUGUGAAGGUACAGAAGCCAGCUCAAUAGAUUUCCAAUCGUCUGGCGUCCUGAUCGAGCAGAAUGAUGCGUCAGUUAUCCCAGCCUUUACAACAGGUCACAUUGUAACCCCUGCAUCUGAAGUACAACAUUCGAUGAUCUCUGGGCCGUUCGGACUCAACACGGCAGCACUUACGGCGGAGUCCCUUGCACAUGUAAGGGAGAAGCUUGCAGAACUGACCAGCGCAAGCGAGGCGACACUACCCACUGGGGGCUGA